UGCUUGAGAGCCAAAUUGUGGUGGACAUCUCAUUCCUCCCCCUCUCUCUCUACUGGCAAAAAUUUGCACUGCUUCAGAUUCAAAUUCGAUAAAUUUUCAAUCGACGAAAAUCGUGUAAGCUCAGCUCCUGCCAAAGCUUACAUCACAACCAAUCCAAUCCCAACGCAUAUUUACCGAUUGCGCGAAAAUUAAGCGAGAACGAGACGCUAACCGAUCGGAUUAGUAAUGCUGGCUGUGUCGCCGCUGAGGAAGCAUACGAAUGAGAGGGAAGGCGAGAUGGAAGCCUUCUCGAUCGACGAGAGCGAGUUUCCGGACUUCUCCGGCGGAAAUCUGCUCGACAGCAUUGACUUCGACGAUCUCUUCCUCGGCAUCAGCGACGGCGACGUCCUGCCGGAUCUGGAGAUGGAUCCGGAGCUCCUCGCGGAGUUCUCCGCCGGCUCGAGCGAGGAAUCGGAGGCGAAGGCGGCGGCGAUCGACAAAUCCGACGACGAGAACACCUCGGAGAAGAUGACUCCUCCUCCUCCUCCGGCGGCGGCGAAGGCGGAGGAGGAAGCUGUGGCGAAUAUCGAUAAUCCGUUGAAGGAGACUGAGAGAGGAAGGAAAUCGAUCUCUCAAUCCAAAAACGGGAAGAGGAAAGUUAAGGUGGAUUGGACGCCAGAGCUUCACCGGAGAUUCGUGCAGGCGGUGGAGCAGCUCGGGGUUGACAAAGCCGUUCCCUCGAGAAUUCUCGAGCUCAUGGGAAUCGAUUGUCUCACUCGUCACAAUAUUGCUAGUCAUCUUCAAAAAUACAGGUCCCACCGGAAGCACUUGCUAGCGCGGGAAGCCGAGGCGGCGAGCUGGAGCCAGAGGCGACAGGUGUAUGCUGCCGCCUCUGGCGGGAAGAGAGAGCAUGUGAGCCCUUGGAUUGCACCAACGAUGGGGUUUCCGCCGGUGAAUCCAAUGCCUCAUUUUAGACCCCUACAUGUGUGGGGCCACCCAUCCGUCGACCAAUCAGGGAUGCCCAUGUGGCCAAAGCAUAUAACCCCUCCGCCACCGCCACCGCAUGGUUGGCAUCCGGCACCGCCGCCGCCGGCUGACCAUCCGUUUUGGCUACCCCACCACCACAACCAUGUGCCUACUCAGGGUACGCCUUGCUUCCCGCCGCAUCUGCAGCCCACGAGGUUUCCAACUCCGGCGGUUGCAGGCAUACCGCCGCCCCCUGCCAUGUACAAAGUGGAGCAGGGCGGCAUCGGCAGCCCGAUGCCUCCACCGGGGCAAACACUUCCGCAACCCCCUUCCGACAUUCAUCCGUCGAAGGAGAGCGUGGACGCGGCGAUAGGAGACGUGCUGUCGAAGCCGUGGCUGCCGCUGCCGCUGGGGCUGAAGCCGCCGUCCGUGGACAGCGUGGUGGUGGAGCUGCAGCGGCAAGGGGUGCCCAAAGUGCCCCCGGCUUGCGGCUGAGCUCCGCCGCCGAUAUAGUUCUUGGGAGUUUUCGACCAAGGAAAAACCAAUUCGACGACAUUUCAACUUUUCUGAAUUAAUUGUUCUUACUUAUUGCUUCGUGUACAAGAUGAGGAUGGUGAAGCUUUGGACUUGAUUAACUUUUUGUAAUGUGAAUUAUCUUAUGAUCAUCAUAAAUAUAUAGAGAAUUUAGAGCAUCCACAAUGGAUGCCCUAGUGCAUGCCCCAGUGAGAGCCCUAGUGGUUGUCACGUCAGCAUGCCUUAUCUUUCUGCAA